UGCAACGAUAUUUGAUUAAUCGAAAUUCAAGAAAAAUCAAGGCUGUAACUGUAAAUUGGAAAAACCUCAACAAAUAAAUAGUCAAGUUAUCUAGCGGAAAUCGGUGUGAAUCAUGCGAGUUUUGUUGACUCUUUGGGGCACUUUGUGCCUGUGGACGAUCACGGCGAAUGCACAAGGAUUUAUUCCGCCCAAUGUAGUGCAACAUAAUGGACCACCGCAUCUGCAUCCGCAUCCCUUUCACAAUGGCAAUCGCCGUCAGCUGAAUCUGCCGCAAUUUAAUCAACAGAACUUUUUGCAAGCUGGCGUGGAGCUGCCCAUACCGCCGCAGCAUCAGCACCGCCAGCAACAUCUCCACCAUCAUCACCACCAGCAGCAGCCGCAGCACCACCAGCAGCAGCAUCGCUUCUCGCAGCAAUACCCGCAACAGCAGCAGCCGCAGCAACAAGUGCCACACCAACAUCAGCAGCAGCAGCAGCAGCAAAGUCCUCCCAUUAAUCAGCAGUUCCAGCGCUCCACACAAAAUCAACUGCAGACAGCCCCACAAUAUCCCCAAGCACCACAGCAGCAACAGUUGCCCUCAACUGCCAGCAAUCUUGACCUGCACCACCAGAACUUUUUGGACUUGCGCAACUAUGCUAGCUCGCAGCAGCAGCAGCAGCCCCAGCGCCACAAGCAAUUCCCCGAUGCACGACUCCAAUCGACAGCGUUUCCAGCGCAGGCUUAUCAGCAGCAGCAGCAGCAGCAACAGCAGCAGCAGGCAUUGCCACAGCAGCAAUUCGCUUACCAGCAACCCCAACAACUUGGCCAACAGACCACACAGAAGCUGCCCAGUCAGGCGCCCGUGCCCACCUUCCAGACACUGCAGCAAUCGCCACUGAACUAUCAGCAACAGCAACAGCCACAGCAGCAAUUGUUGCAGCAACCACAGCAACAGCAGCAGCAGCAGCAAUAUCCAUUGACACCACAGCUGGGAUUACCCCUGCCGCAAAUCUUUAACAAUCUGCCUUCGACAGCUUUUCCCGCUCAGCCCUCGCGAGAGACUUAUCUGCAGCAGCAACAACAACAACAGCAGCAGCAGCUAUUCCCCCCGCAACAACAUCAGUUCAUCAGCAACGGACCGCAGGCCCAGCCCGCCGAUCUGGAAUACAAGCAGAAGCUGAUACAGAAGCACGAGCAGUUCGUGGCCAAGCAGUACGAGAAGUCGCAGCACAAGGUGCGCCAGCAGCACGAGGAGUUCCUGGCGAAGCAGCACGCCAUCAAGCAGCAUGUGCUGCCCACCAUCAUCAGCCAGCACAACAACUAUCCGCCGCAGCCGCAGUACGUGCAGCCGCCGCGUGGCCGACCCGUUGCCCAUCCCACGGAGUACAGCCAGUUCAACAGCGCUCUGCAGCAGUACUACAAGGAGCAUCCGACGACCACCACCACAACCACUACGACCACCACCACCACAGAGGCUAGCACCACGCCCAAGAAGAACAUCUACGCCCAGGUGAAGGCGGAGCUGGGCAAAUACGGCGCCACGAAGCUGGGCAGCAAGAAGCCCGUGAAGACGAUUGCCCGGGAGGAUCUGCUGAAGCAGCUGAAGGCUGCCUUGUCGGAGGCGCCACAGCAGCCGCUGACCGGCAACAAGACCUACGAUGAGAUGGACCUGGUGCUGCCCAAUGGACAGCGUGUGCAGGUCAUCCGCACCACAGACCCGAAUCUUGUGCAGGGACAACAGGCCUACUCGCAGGACCAGCUGCAGGCGCUGCUGGCCCAGCAGGCGCUCGGCUCGGAGGCGAAGCUCAGUCUGAGCGAUGUGGCGCCUAGCAAGAGCAAGGAUCUGGUGCUGCCCGGCGGUGGCAAGGUGCAAAUACUACGCUCACCCGAUCCGCAGGAGUCGGACACGCUGCCCGCCCAGGCACUGCCCGGCGGCGUCGACCUGUCCAGCCUGGCUGCCUUGUACGGCGGCGGAGCGGGCGAUAUCCAGGGCGUGACAAAUGGCGCCAACAGCAUUGCCAGCUCGGCGGUCAUUACCUCCGACUCGGACAGCCCGCCCACCCUGGAGGAGCUGGCGAAGCGUGGCCUCAUACCCGACGGCUACGAGAUCGAGGGCCUGAGCUCGGACUCUGCCAAGGCCACGCCAGCACCGCCCACCGCACCGCCCAAGAAGAAGGCGACAUAUGUGUACCUGGAGGAGCAGGCCGACGGCAGCUUCAAGAUCCAGGGCGUCAAGGCCAACGGCGAGAAGGAGACGAAGCAAACGGGCGCCGAGGUCGAGAGCAUUCUGGAGCGCAUCCGCAGCGGAGAGAUCAAGCUGCCUCCGUCCGUCUAUCGCUUGACACUGCCCAACGAUGAGGUUGUGGAGAUCAAGAGCGGCAAGAUUAUACAGACGACCACCACGACAACCACUCGCCCACCACCGACCACAACCACUGCCAGAAUAUAUACGACGACCUCCACUACGCCAGCGCCGUUCGUCUCGAGGAACGCGCCCAGCAACCACCGCCAGUAUCACCCAUCGCGCACAUCCACCACCAGCACCAGCACCACCACCAGCAGCCCGCCCAUCAGCACCACUAGCACCACCAGCACGCCCUAUACGCCCCGCUACACGGGCGUCUACGAGAGCAGCAGCACAGCCAGCGCCGCUGCCGCCGCCGCCAGCUUGAUCCGCACCACACCCGGACCCAUUUAUCACUCUUCACCUGUCACGCAGUCGUCCUACCCGGGCGGCGCCUCCACUCAUCUGCCAGUGGUAACUGAGCGUCUCUCGGACAUCGCGCAGACGCCGGAGCAACAGACGCCAGCACAAUACGCCGAUGCCCUGGUGCAGGAGACGGAGAACACGGAGAAGGCGGCCUCCACGGGCGGUGCAUCGGUGCUCUCGAAUCCCAGUGAGGAUCUGCUGCAGAUACUCAAGAGCAAUGGACUCUUCGCCAUGGCCAAGUAUCUGCGCCAGAGUGGCCUGGACAGCAUACUCAACGAAACGGGUCCCUACACGAUCUUCGUGCCCACCGACAAGGCCUUCAAGAACCUGCUCGUCCAGCUCGGUGGACCCGAGCGCGCCGAGGAGAAGUUCCAAUCGAAUCCUCGACUGUUGAGUGGUCUGCUGUUGCAUCAUGUCAUCCCUGGCGCCUUUGAGAUUGCCACGUUGCAGGACGAGAUGACCGGCGUGUCCUUGGCGGGCACACAGCUGCGCGUCAAUCAGUAUAACAUGCACGAUCAGGAGUGGAACGAUGUCACUCUCACCACCAUUAAUGGAGCAAUGGUUGUGCUGAACAAGAAGGACAUUAAGAUACCGCAGGGCGUGGCGCAUGCGGUGGAUCGUGUUAUGUUCCCGCUGCCAGUGGGCGAUUUGCUGCAGACCCUGCAAUCGGAUCGCGAGGGUCGCUUCUCCAACUUCCUAAAGAUACUGUACACCUCGGGCAUGUCCGAGAAGUUGCAAGGCAAGGGUGUCAAGACGUACACAGUCUUCGCACCGGUGGACAAGAGCUUUAACGAUCUGGACUCGGAUACGCUGGAGAAGCUCUUCACCGACAAGGAGGCAGCCGAACAGUUCGCCAUGAAGCACAUUGUGCCCGGGGCACUGUACUCGGCCGGCAUGCGGUUCUAUCAGGUGAAGGACUCGCUGUACACGGGCAAGACGGUCGUGCUGCAGAAGACCUCGGCUGGCAAGAUCAAGGUGAACGAUGCCCAGAUGGUCACCUCCAACAUUCCCGCCACAAACGGUGUCAUUCACGCACUGGACGGUGUGCUGGCGUAGAGCAGCCCGGACCUGCGACUACGGCCCCGCUUUGACAGCGGGCGUUGGUUAAACUGUUGCAGCUCUUAGUCGAUUAAGUUUUUAUUGGCGUAUUUUUUUGCUUUUUUGGUUGCGUCGACCAAACUUUUCGGGGGGGUAAAUUUCUUUAUAGUUGAAAUACGUAACAGCAGCAAAUUGUUAGUGAAAUCUUGCCACAAAUAUCGCGUUCUUCUACAGAAUUGGUGCAACAACAACAACAACAACGAAAUAUUAAGCAGAGAACAAAAAGUUUCGGUGCUUUCAUUAAUGUAUUUUCUGUAAUGUUUUUUCUUUCGCUUUCGUAAACAGUCAUUAAAAAUAGAAAUAGUUUAAUCUAAGUGAAAGAGAAAAACCGAACAGAUUUUCGAAAGAAGAGUGUACAAAAGAUAUUGUUUUGUUAGAAAAUGCGACAAAAAAAGAGGACAGCAAAUGGGUUAAAGUUAAGGCAGUUUUUAUAUACAUAUCUAAUUUAUUGUUUGGUCGUGAAAUCCAAGCUAAAAUUAUUUACAAUUAAGAAAUCGAAUUAAGACGAUGC